AUGGAAGAAAGAGCCAAAGAGAAGCUGAGCGAGGGUGGCUGGUACUACGCCUCCUCAAAUGCAGGAAUGUCACACACACACCUCGCAAACCGACAAGCCUUCUACCGCCACCGACUUAUCCCAAACCAACUAAUCGACACCAACAACCGCUCAACAAGAACAACGAUCUUCAACCACUCAGUAUCUGCCCCAAUCGGCUUCGCCCCAAUCGGAAUAAACAAAAUCUACCAUCCAUCCGGCGAAGCCGCUGUCUCAAAAGUCGCCAACGAGCUCAACCUCCCCUACUGCCUCUCGACAGCGGGCAGCACCUCGAUUGAAAAAGUUGCAUCGGCAAAUGGACCUAAAGGGACAAGGUUCUUCCAACUGUACAUGCCACACGACGACGAGCUAACCAUCUCACUCCUAAAACGGGCCUGGGAAAACGGGUUCGACGCACUGAUUCUCACGACGGAUACAUGGCAGCUCGGCUGGCGACAUGACGACGUCGCGACGUCGAAUUAUGCAUUCUACCGCGGAUUCGGCGCUGAUCUUGGACUUUCGGACCCUGUUUUCCGGAAGAGAUGUGCCGCAGACGGAAUUGAUCCCGAUGUUGAUGUUGUUUCUGCGUCGACGAAGUGGAUUGAUUCUGUUUGGCAUGGACGGGCUUGGUCGUGGGAGAAGAUUCCUUGGUUGAUGGAGACUUGGAGGGGCAUUAGUGGAGGACGGCCGUUUGUUAUUAAGGGGAUUCAGUCUGUUGGUGAUGCGAGGAGGUGUGUUGAGCUUGGGGUUGAGGGGAUUGUUGUGAGUAAUCAUGCUGGGAGGCAGGUUGAUGGGGCUGUUGCUAGUCUUGAUGCGCUUGAGAGGAUUGUUGACGCUGUUGGGGAGAGGAUUUAUGUUAUGUUUGAUUCUGGGGUUAGGGGGGCGAGUGAUGUUGUUAAGGCGUUGGCGUUGGGGGCGAGGUUUGUGUUUAUUGGUCGACUUUGGAUUUGGGGGUUGAGUAUUCAGGGCGAGGAUGGGGUUAGACAUGUUAUGAAGUCGUUGUUGGCGGACUUGGAUAUUUUGAUGAGUGUUGCUGGGUACAAUGGGGUUGAAGAUUUCAAUCGGGAUAUUCUUGAGUCGGAUCCGAAGAAUUAUACGCUCAUACCGCAGAAGACCUUGUGA